UAUGAGGAUGAAGGGGAAUAAUAUAUGUAGGGCCUUUGGCACAGCGCCUGGCCCUGUGCUGCCUGGUUCCUGAGCCUGCCUUUCCUACACCCACGCCUGGGCUCAUAGUGCCUCCUGGCAGUUGGUCCCCACUCUCAGGAUGCUGGUCUGAUACAGGGAAGAGUGGGGACUAGUCUAGGACUUCGGGUGUGUAACAGGAGAGUCUCAGCUCACAGGUCGGCCGGUCAGGGUGGCUUUCAGGGCUCCACGGGUGCCGCGAGCCACGGACAGGUGGGGAGGGUGAUCAGGUCUCCGGUGCGCGGACCCGUGGGCGGCGGGGCGGAGCCGGCGAUGGAGGUGGGCAGAGCCCAGCGGUAAGUCGACCCAAGGCUGUGGGUGGCUUCCUCCUGUUGCUCAGUAUCAGGGAGAGGCGGGGGAGGACAUUCAUUUUUUCCAAAGUAAGCAUCCACCCAUUGCUUCGAUAACUAUCGAUUGUGAAAAGCCGGCGGCGCCUCUUAAUGGCGAAGCCCUGCUCCCGCGCGCCCCCGCGGCUGUGUUCCCGGACCCCCUCCGCCGGAACCCCCUCUGCCGAUGCGGGACAGCGAUGGGCAAACCCUUCUGCACCGCUAGUGCAGGCUCGGGAACUGCAGCCACUAGCUGUGGUCUGACUCCUGCCAGUCCACCCGCGGGUCCUUUCCUUUCCGGAGUCCCCUGUCGCGCCCUCGGACCGUGUCACCUGUUCCGCAGCGUCCCUGGCGCCCCGGGUUCGAGGACGGGGUGGGCGCUCGGAAAGUUCUUUCAAAGGGCAGAUGUGUUGCGACCCUCGCUGCAGCAAACUACGGGACGCAGAUUUCCCGAACCUUUCCUCACCCCCACGCAGCCCGGGCGACCCGAGCCCGCAGCGGGACGCAGCUGCGCGGAGAGCCACCCGCAGAAGCACCUCUUCUUCCUCCCGCGCGCCCAAGUGCAGUGAGGGAGAAAGCCUCACAGCAAACUCACAGCGCGGAGCAAUCCCCAGUCCUGGCCUGGAAGAGAUCGGCCUCCCGUCCGGCAGCUCGGUGACAUACUCACGAUUUCCUGCCCCGGCCUCCCCUCCUCCCGGUCCCAGCCCUCCGGGUUGGGCUGCCGCGUCCCCUCGGUACCUGCGGCGGUCACGGGCUCGCCCUCGCUCUGCUCGCCGGAAUCCGAAUCCAUGCUGCGAGCUGCCGGCCGGGCGUCCGCAGCCGCCCGCCCUCCCGUCUGCGGGACGCUCGGGGUCGGCGUCCGGGCUCCGGCUGCCACGGCGCACUCGGUGCGGGCAGCCGGGCGGCGGCAGCCCUGGCGGCGCUGGCUGGGCAAUGCGCGGCGGCCACGGCCGGGGGUCGACUCCCCAGAGGCGAGCGCCGCCCGCGUCCCUUUCCCCGCGGCCGCCGGCCGGUGCCUGCGCGCGAAGCAAGCGCGGGGCGGAGGGUGGGAGCGCGCGGGGAAGAGAGCGGGAGGGGGAGGGGAGGCGCGAGCAGGGAGGAACGGGAGCGUCCGGCCCCGCGGGUUCCAGACCGGGCUUAAAUACCCCGGGGGCGGCGCCGCUCCUCCUACCCGCGCCCCGCGCCCUGGACCUCAGGAGCGCGGCGAGGUCGUGCAGGUCGGCGAGGCCGAGCGGUCUCUUGCUGGGGGCCAACUUGGGACGAUUUUGAGGCGAGAAAGCGCCUCUACCGAGUAAGGAGAAGGAGAGGUUCCGUGUGGGAGUCCUGGGGUUGCCCGGGUUCGAGCCCACCAGCUCGGAGACCUUAGAAGAGAAACUCAACCUCUCUGAGCUGUUUCCUCACUUGGCAGAUGGGGAAAUGACAGUUGCUUUUUGUCGGGAAUGUUGUGGGGGCGUAAAUAAGAUCAUGCACGUGAGGAGCCGAGAACGGGGCCUGGCGCUUGGCGAGGAAGCGAACUGCACCGGGCAGGGUCUGCAUCUAAGGGAACCUGUCUUCAUCAUGCCACAAGAACAGAAAGCUGAGAAAUGAUGGAAAGAGAAAGCAGAAGACCUCUGAGAAAGCAGGCCCAGGAACUAAGGCUGGAGGUAGGCAUUCUAGUUUUCCAACAGUGGCUCUGCUCCUCAGUUGUUGACCUCAUCUGCCUGAACCAGUAUGGCUUUCACUACAUCUUUGCUCCAGUCAGAUGGAUGGAAGAAGUGGGGGGCGCCAACAUCUCAGUUAUUUCGAGUCAGAGGCUCCGACUUGGCAAGGGACAAAGCUGUCAAGACAGAAGUGAUACACAGUGAGAGUGAAGAGUGACCGGCUGCCGGAAAAUGUGCAAAUAUCAAGGUUACCUGGGUCUGCUGGUCACUUCCUAGUUUUUGGACUCUUGAGGAUGGUGAGUUUUGCUAAUGAUGCGCGGCUGUUUAAGAACCGGGUGGCUUUUCUGGCAAUCACUCUUUGUGUGCUAUCUUUUAUAAAGGUGCUUCUUGUUGCUAAGAGAUCAGUUGCUUAGAGACCAAAUCAUUAAAAAAAAUAUAUAUGUCAGGGGCCAACAUAAAUUAUAACCAAAUUUUGUCAUUUCAGCUGGCCCUCUGAAGGUUUGGCUUCUGUAAUAGAUUAUAACGUACUAAGAGAAGCCAAUUACUAAUCACAAAUAGAAA